GAAGAAAUAGAUUAUGAAUCCCUACCUGAAGGUACCACUCUAACUUCACAAUGUAUCGCUGGUGCCUUUGCAGGUAUUUUGGAGCACACAGUGAUGUACCCCGUGGAUGCAAUCAAGACACGGAUGCAAGCACUACAAUCAUCAACAUCAACUGCCUCUUCAAAACUAGAAGGUGUUGUUUCAUCAUUAUAUAGAAUAUCUUCCACAGAAGGCUGGCUAUCGUUAUGGCGUGGUACUUCCUCAGUGAUAUUGGGUGCUGGUCCUGCCCAUGCCGUAUAUUUUGGUACUUAUGAAUAUGUCAAGAAACAAUUAAUCCAUGAGGAGGAUAAUUCUCAUCAACCUAUGCGUGUGGCAGUGGCCGGUUCUGCUGCUACUAUUGUUAGUGAAGCUUUAAUGAACCCCUUUGAUGUGAUUAAGCAAAGAAUGCAAUUACAAAAAAUUGGAACAUCUUCAUUUUUAGAUACAGUGGGGAGAAUUUAUCAAAAAGAAGGGUUUAAAGCCUUUUAUUAUAGUUAUCCAACUACUAUAACGAUGACUAUACCAUUCACUGCUUUGAACUUUGUUGUUUAUGAAAGUUCUGCCAAGGUAUUGAAUCCUUCAGGUCAUCAUGAUCCUUUAAAGCAUUGUAUCGCAGGUGGAUUAGCUGGUGGUGUUGCAGCCGCAUUAACUACACCAUUGGAUUGCAUCAAGACUUUGUUACAGACAAAAGGUGAAAGCUCAGAUCUACGAAUUAGAAAUACAAAUACAUUAUAUGGUGCAUCUAAGAUAAUAUAUCAAAUGGAUGGGAUAAGUGGAUUUUGGAAAGGUACAAAACCUAGAAUCAUAUCAAAUGUUCCAUCAACUGCUAUCUGUUGGACAGCUUAUGAAAUGGCCAAAUACUACCUC